UUUUUUUUUCCCGAGCCCGUCUUCAGGCAAGGGGACGCGACGCUUCCCCCUCACGCGACGACAGGCCGGCUGAGGGGGAGGAAAGGGCGGCUGAGAGGAGGGCUCAGGCCUUUUUCUCGCUCUCUUUCCCUCAGGGGGGAGAAGGCGGCGACGGGACCCGCGUUGGCGACACCACCGAAGCGGCGACGGCGACCUGAGGUUUGGUAGUGCUUUCCUGAGCAUGAGUUCAGAAUGAAGCGGCGAUUGGAUGAACAGGAGUCACCGGUAUAUGCGUCGCAGCAAAGACGUAUUGCCAGCAACCCAGAACCUUUCCAGCACCAACAUCGGGUCCUCGCCCCGGCGCCUCCUGUCUAUGAUUCUGUUUCAGAGACCAUGCAAUCUGCUACUGGAAUCCAGUACUCUGUAACUCCCAGCUACCAGGUGUCAACAGUGCCACAGAGCUCUAGCAGUCAUGGGCCCGCACUAGCCACUGUCCACAGCGGGCAUCACCACACCGCCCCAGUCCAGCCCCAUGGAAGCCAGGUGGUGCAGGGGCAUGCUCAUCCGACACCCCCAGCAGCACCCGUGCAGGGGCAGCAGCAGUUCCAAAGGCUUAAGGUGGAGGAUGCCCUUUCCUACCUCGACCAGGUGAAGCUGCAGUUCGGUAGCCAGCCUCAAGUCUACAAUGACUUCUUGGAUAUAAUGAAGGAGUUCAAAUCUCAAAGCAUUGACACUCCAGGCGUGAUCAGCCGCGUGUCUCAGCUGUUCAAGGGCCACCCAGACUUGAUCAUGGGCUUCAACACCUUUCUGCCCCCGGGCUACAAAAUCGAAGUACAGACCAACGACAUGGUGAAUGUAACGACGCCGGGGCAGGUUCACCAGAUUCCCACCCACGGCCUCCAGCCCCAGCCGCCGCCCCAGCCGCCCCAUCCGUCUCAGCCUUCAGCGCAGUCGGCCCCAACUCCUGCUCAGCCGGCUCCACAACCGCCCCCUGCCAAGAUCAGUAAGCCAUCCCAGUUGCAAACGCAUACGCCCACCAGCCAGCAGACUCCCCCGAUUCCAUACGUCUCGCCUCGCUCCCCGCCGGUGCAGCCCCACACGCCUGUGACAAUCUCCAUCGGAACCACGCCGUCCCUCCAGAACAACCAGCCCGUCGAGUUCAAUCACGCCAUCAACUACGUCAACAAGAUCAAAAAUCGGUUCCAAGGGCAGCCGGACAUCUACAAGGCUUUCCUGGAGAUUCUCCACACUUACCAGAAAGAGCAACGGAACGCCAAGGAAGCAGGAGGUAACUACACGCCAGCUUUGACUGAGCAAGAGGUGUAUGCUCAGGUGGCCCGCUUGUUCAAGAACCAGGAGGACCUGCUUUCAGAAUUCGGGCAGUUCUUGCCGGAUGCAAACAGCUCCGUGCUGUUAAGCAAAACCACCGCCGAGAAAGUGGAGUCCGUAAGAAAUGACCACGGGGGCACGGUCAAGAAGCCCCAGCUCAACAGCAAGCAGCAAAGACCCAAUCAGAAUGGCUGCCAGAUCCGGCGGCACUCCACAACUGGCACGACCCCUCCGGUGAAGAAGAAACCAAAGCUGCUUAAUUUGAAGGACCAGUCCUUGGCAGACGCCAGCAAACAUGGCGUGGGGACCGAGUCUUUGUUCUUCGACAAGGUGCGCAAGGCUCUGCGCAGCACAGAAGCCUACGAGAACUUCCUUCGUUGCCUGGUCAUUUUCAAUCAGGAGGUGAUAUCGCGAGCUGAGCUGGUGCAGCUGGUUUCUCCGUUUUUGGGGAAGUUCCCAGAACUUUUCACCUGGUUUAAGAAUUUCCUGGGUUACAAAGAAUCGGCACACCUGGAGAGCUUUCCUAAGGAGCGGGCGACAGAGGGGAUAGCGAUGGAGAUAGAUUAUGCCUCUUGCAAGAGGCUCGGCUCCAGCUACCGAGCGUUGCCAAAAAGCUACCAGCAGCCCAAGUGUACCGGCCGGACUCCACUGUGUAAGGAGGUUCUGAAUGACACCUGGGUCUCUUUUCCUUCGUGGUCUGAAGAUUCCACCUUCGUGAGCUCCAAAAAGACUCAGUAUGAAGAGCACAUCUACCGGUGUGAGGACGAACGGUUUGAGCUGGAUGUUGUCUUGGAGACCAACCUGGCAACCAUCAGAGUCCUCGAGACGAUACAGAAGAAGCUCUCCCGUUUAUCCGCAGAGGAGCAAGCCAAAUUCCGGCUGGACAACACUUUGGGGGGCUCAUCGGAAGUGAUCCACCGCAAGGCCCUGCAGAGGAUAUACGCCGACAAGGCAGCUGACAUCAUAGACGGGCUUAGAAAGAAUCCAGCUGUCGCGGUCCCCAUUGUGCUGAAAAGGUUAAAAAUGAAAGAGGAGGAAUGGCGGGAAGCUCAGAGAGGAUUCAACAAAGUCUGGCGGGAACAGAACGAGAAGUACUACCUGAAAUCUCUUGACCACCAAGGGAUCAACUUCAAGCAGAACGACACCAAGGUCUUACGAUCAAAGAGCCUGCUCAGUGAGAUCGAGAGCAUUUAUGAUGAGAGGCAGGAGCAGUCUUCCGAGGACAACACGGGCCCUCACUUGACGUUGGCCUACGAGGACAAGCAGAUCCUGGAUGACGCCGCCUCGCUGAUCAUCCACCACGUCAAGCGCCAGACGGGCAUCCAGAAGGAAGACAAGUACAAGAUCAAGCAGAUCAUGUACCACUUCAUCCCGGACCUGCUGUUUGCCCAGCGGGGCGAGCUCUCCGACGUGGAGGAGGAAGAAGAGGAGGAGAUGGACGUGGAGGAGGGCUCCGGGGCCGUGAAAAAGCACAACGGGGUGGGGGGCAGCCCCCCCAAGGCCAAGCUGCUCUUCAGCAGCAUGGCGGCCCAGAAGCUGCGAGGGAUGGACGAGGUCUACAACCUCUUCUACGUCAACAACAACUGGUACAUCUUCCAGCGCCUGCACCAGAUCCUCUGCCUGCGGCUGCUGCGGAUCUACAACCAGGCCGAGCGGCAGAUCGAGGAGGAGAACCGGGAGAGGGAGUGGGAGCGGGAAGUGCUGGGGGUCAAGCGGGACAAGAGCGACAGCCCAGCCAUCCACCUGCGCUUGAAGGAGCCCAUGGACAUUGAAGUGGAAGACUAUUACCCCGCGUUCCUGGAGAUGGUGCGGAACUUACUGGACGGCAACAUGGACUCCUCUCAGUACGAAGAUUCUCUUCGUGAGAUGUUCACCAUUCACGCCUACAUUGCCUUCACCAUGGACAAGCUGAUUCAAAGUAUUGUUCGACAGCUCCAGCACAUAGUGAGUGACGAGAUCUGCGUGCAGGUGACAGAGUUGUACCUGUCUGAGAAUGCCAACGUAGCGACGGGGGGCCUCCUGUCCUCACAGCCGUCUCGCUCCCUGGUGGAGGUGGCGUACCAACGCAAAGCAGAGCACCUCAUGCAAGACGAGAACUGUUUCAAGCUGAUGUUCAUCCAAAGCAGAGGCCAGGUUCAGUUAACCAUCGAGCUGCUGGACACAGAAGAGGAGAACUCGGAUGACCCUGUCGAAGCCGAGCGUUGGACCGACUACGUCGAUCGGUACGUCAACUCUGAUUCUACCUCUCCCGAACUGCGGGAACAGCUGGCCCAGAAGCCCGUAUUUCUGCCCAGGGGUUCUCUGCUUUCCAGGAACCUGAGGCGGAUCCGGAAGUGCCAGCGCGGUCGGGAGCAGCAGGAGAAGGAAGGAAAGGAAGGGAACAGUAAGAAGCCCUUGGACAAUGUGGAGAGCUUAGACAAGCUGGAGUGUAAAUUUAAGCUCAACUCCUAUAAGAUGGUGUAUGUGAUCAAAUCGGAGGAUUACAUGUACCGGAGGACGGCUCUGCUGCGGGCUCAUCAGUCCCACGAAAGAGUAAGCAAGAGGCUGCACGCGAGGUUCCAAGCCUGGGUGGACGCGUGGACCAAGGAGCACGUGACCCGCGAAAUGGCCGCCGAGACCAGCAAGUGGCUGAUGGGCGAAGGGUUGGAGGGCCUGGUGCCCUGCACCACCACCUGCGACACGGAGGACCUGCACUUUGUCAGCAUUAACAAGUACCGCGUCAAAUACGGCACAAUAUUCAAGACGCCCUAAACUCCGGGGGAAGGGAGGAGAGGAAAGCGCGGAGUUGGGCGGCAGCGGUGGGGCAGGAGCGGGGGAGAACACGUGUCCCCACGUGCGUGAGCAUCCAGGAAGAAAACCCCCCAAGGACGAUGCCUCCCCCCUCCUCCCUCCCUCCCGCCACCUUUUGUGUAUCUUCAUAACGGCCACUUCUCGACUUAGUUCGUAGCUGGUACACCCCGUUUGCCUCAGAGAGAGGGCGGCUUUCCAAAACGACUUUAACCUUGAGAAGCUGGAACUGUUGUCAAGGAGCCAAAACUUCCAGGUGCACAAUGAUCGGGGUGGGGCAGGGAGGGGGGAUCCGGAUCAGCAUAGGGGGAAACCCGCCUCACCCGUUCACACCACCAGCAAUCCUUCCAGCAGCACGGGCGUCACGGACAACAGGUGCUACACAGAGCCUGAGCAGAUAUUGGUGCAUUUAACCAUUCUCCCCCCCCCCCAAAAAAAAGAAAUACGCUCAGAAUCCCAGAAACAGCCCACCAGGACAAGCCCGCGCUGUUACCAACGUUUCCCACAAUCCUCCGUUUCUGGGCUCCACAGUCCGGCCGUUGAAAACAUCAGCUCAUGAAUAAUAGACACUCCCCUCUCUGAAUACGGCUCUUCUCUUCUUGCUGUUCCCCCUCCUCGUGACCCCCGGACUCUUCAUGACUUACAUAAAACCAAUUAAGAUUGGUCUGUCCUUACCUAGUGCCAGUGGAACUAUUGUUUUAUUUGGGGUUGGUUUGUUCUUUGUUUUUUUUUUUCCGGCUUUUUUUUGUACCUGCUUGUUUGUUUUAUUAGUCUCUCUUAGUGCCACACACCUCCUCCUCACGCACCCACAAACACACAAAAAGUUAUAUACGCAACGCCCCCGCGGCUUUCACGAUAGCAGCGACCGAUAUUAAAAUGGUUUUUCCUUCACCCUCCUUUUUUUUUUUUUUUUGUAAAUAAAUGUACAUAUUUGUCAAUUUUUUUUUAAUUAAAGGAAAGUCUGCUCAA